AUAUUCAAUGAGUGUAUAUUUCACCAACAUUUUCCCCCAGACUGACAGGAGAUAUGACAGUCAUGGUGCGAUAAUGAUAGCUGAAACUAUCAUCUAAAGCCAAACAGUACAUCUCGUCGUCAUCACCUAAACUGAACGUUAGAUUACUGAUUGGUUCAAUGGCUGAAGAAAGGCUCACAUUUACAGAGGAAUUGCACAUUCCAACACCUUGGGGAUAUCUUGCAGCUAAGGUAUGGGGCCCCGACAAUGGCGUUCCAGUCUUGGCUCUUCAUGGAUGGCAAGAUAAUGCUGGAUCUUUUGACACACUUGCUCCUCUGUUGCCUGCCAAUAUACGGCUGGUGUGCCUAGAGUUCUGUGGGCAUGGUCUCUCAUCACACUAUCCAACAGGAAUGUUCCUGAACUACUAUGAUCAUGUUUACCAUGUCAAAUUGGUGAUUGACUUCUUUAAGUGGAAAAAGGUGUCAAUCUUGGCCCACAGCAUGGGGGCAAUUACUGCCAUCUUCUUUGUAUCCAUGUACCCAGAGUUAGUGGAUAAGUUUAUCAGCCUCGAUGCAGUUAAACAACUUUCAUCGUCUGCCGAAUACUUACCAGCUCGUAUGAAGAGUAUUUUAAACCAUUUCCAAGAAGUGUGUCAAAGACUUGAGCAAGGACCGCUAUCGACUGUGUCAUACGAGGAGGCUCGCGACAGAAUCGUUAAAAAUUACGGUGGAUCAAUUGACGAGAAAGAUGCUGACGUCCUCCUUAUUCGCGGCUUGCGUAAAGUUAAAGAGGAUAGCGAUGAAUACGAGUUCACUCGCGAUUUGCGUUCCACCAUUCGUCCUUAUAUUUUCAAUGACUUUACCACCGAACAGCUCAAAGCCGUGGCACGAGGUAUCGUCUGUCCAUUUUUGCUUAUUAAAGCAAAAAACACCUCCGUGUUUGAACCAAAAGAACUGUACCGUGAGUUUUACGACCUUUACCGCGAUGCGAGCGAAGAUUUUCGUUACGUUGAAGUAGAUGGUAAACAUCAUGUCCAUCUAUCUCACCCAGAGUUAGUUGCGCCCAUCAUUAUUAAUUUUCUAUUUCCAACAAAAUCUAAACUAUGAUUAGUGUUAUAAAUAAGGAAAACUGAAACGUAAAAAGGAACUAGU